AUGGUUGCAAUGAAUGAUGUAACUGAAUCUGGUUCUAUCAUCUUUGCUAAAAACAGUGAUCGCCAACCUAACGAACCAUUAUCGAUACGUUAUGUUCCUUCUGCUGUUCAUUCGUUAAAUUCAAAACUUCAAACAACAUAUAUUGAAAUUGAUCAAAUUAAAAAAACAAAUUCAUGUAUUUUAUUUUCACCAACUAAUAUAUUUGGAGCUGAAAUGGGUUUUAAUUCUCAUGGUUUAGUUGCCGGAAAUGAAGCAUUAUUUACUAAAAUUUCAUCUUAUACUUCUGGAUUAACUGGAAUGGAUAUAGUAAGAUUAAUACUUGAAAGAUGUUGUACGAGUGAAGAUGGUAAAAAUACAAUUAUUGAAUUGUUACAAAAAUAUGGUCAGGGUGGUAAUUGUGGCUUUGCAUCUUCAUUCUACUAUCAUAAUAGUUUUCUAGUCGUUGAUUCACAUGAAGCAUGGUUAAUUGAAACUGUUGGUAAAGAGUAUGCCGCUAAAAGGAUUACCUCAGGAAUACAUACAAUUUCAAAUAUUAUUUCAUUUGGCAGUAUAGAUACAUUUGACGAAUAUUCGGAUAAUUUAAUUACACAAGCAAUUUCAAAUGGUUGGUGUAAAUCUAUACUAGAUUUUCAUUUUCAAAAAUGUUAUUCGGGAAUAUCAUUAAAUCCUAAAAAAUUAUUUGAUGGUUUUAUUAAAACUAGUUUUUCACGUGCUGAUAGGAGACAAUGUAGAUCGAAAACAUUAAUACAUCAAGCAAGUAUCAAAUCAAAAACGUCAACUGGCUUAUUUAGUAUAACUGAUAUGUUUAACCUUUUACGGGAUCAUGAACAAUCGAAAAAUUCACCGGCACAUGGUUUAAUGAACGUUGAUUUGUGUAUGCAUGCAGGAUUUGGACCUAUACGCAUUAAUCAAACUACUGGAGCUUUAGUCUCAGUUAUACCAACAUGUAAUGAUCACAUUCCAACACAUUAUGCAACUUGUACAGCAUUAACGUGCUUAUCUGUAUUCAAACCCAUAUGGUUGGAUUUAUCAUCAUUACCUCCUUCAUUUAUAUCACCUACUUCUUCUACAUCUGUUCCAUAUCCACUUCUUCCCUCGAAUGCCACAAUUUCGAAUCCAUCUCACACUUAUUCUCCCAAUAAUCUUUGGUGGAAAUCUGAAGUGAUGACACGAAAUGUUAUGAAACAUUAUACGAAACUUAUCACACAAAUUCAAUCAGAAAGAGAUUUAUUAGAAAGUGAAAUCACGAACUCAUCGACACGAUUAGCAUCGAAAGACGUUAAACAAGAAGAAAGAAAUAAUUUUAGUGCAUAUUGUUUCGAUAAGGUUGAUCAAUUAACAAAUACAUGGUUCAUCAGGGCUCAUUCUUUAUCGCUUGAAAGCAAAACUGAACAUUCUCUAUGGCACGAGCAAACUUGGAAUUCAUGGAGUAAAUCUGCAAAGAUUCCCUCCGAAUUAUUAAGAUAUUUUAAAGUAGAAAAUAGUAAAAGAAUUAUUAUAAGCGGUUCUUUCUCGUUGAUAUCAUUAAUGUUGGUCCCAUUCUUAGCAUGGUUUUUCAAAAAUGAAGCUGAACAAUAUUUAAUAAGUACAUUAUUUAACAGUAGAACACACAAAUCCAUAGGAUGUAUUAUACAAUUAAUUAAUUUUCUUAUACUAAUUUCAUCGACUCUCUACUUACUUGGAACGGGAAGAAGUGGGACCACAAGAAAACAACAGCACCAGAUUACAUUACCAAGACUAAAUUUUAUUGGAACUCCGAAGAAAUAA